AGCAGUUGAUGCCUUUGAAUCCUGAUGCUGAGAAGGAGAAAAAGCAGAAAUUGCUGCUGUGAAGGAAUUGAAUUUAGAGAAUGGAGUUAAAGUUGGGUUUUCACUCGGUUCAAACGUACCAAAAAAUAAUAAUAAAUAAUAAAGAGAAAGUGGAAACUUCCAAGUCUAGGGUAGUUUUUGAGGAGGCUGAGAAUGAGGAGAAGAAGCAAAAAAUGAAAGUGCUAAAGAUGGAAAGAAGAGGGCUUGGGAAGAGUUGGUGAGGGAGGAGGAGAAAGCAAAGGAACGAAUUAAUAGGAAGGAUUAUUGGUUAUGUGAGGAGAUAAUAGUUAAAGUGAUGAGCAAGGCAUUAGCAGACAAGGGGUACUAUAAGCAGAAGGGGGUGGUUAGGAAAGUUAUUGAUGAAUAUGUGGGGGAAAUUGAGAUGCUCGAGAGCAAGCAUGUUUUGAGAGUCCAUCAGGAGGAGCUUGAGACUGUUAUUCCACAAAUUGGGGAAUUGGUGAGGAUAGUAAAUGGGGCAUACAGAGGAUCAAAUGCAAGGUUGUUGGGUGUGGAUACAGAGAAGUUUUGUGCAAAGGUGCAGAUAGAGAAGGGCAUCUAUGAUGGGAGAGUGCUCAAGGCUGUUGAGUAUGAGGAUAUUUGCAAAGUCACUUAGUCAGUUCAACGUAGACUGCUCUGCAUGUGUUAAGGAAGUAGAAGAAGAAUGUCUUAUCAUCACCCGUACAUUUCUUCGAAAGUCUCAAACUUCAUAACGAUUAUGGAAUGCCUCAUAUUGAUCUAGGAGCACGUGGUGAAAUUAUUGACUCCUGCAUCAUAGCUUAAACUUUGCUAAGUUUGAGACCUUUAGCUUUAGGUGAUUCUUUCUAUUAACUCAAGAGACAAAAGCCAUCUGCAUCAUGGCCUUCCUGCUCGAAUGCCUCUGAGCUCCCAGCUUAUGAUGCUAUCCUUGUAGUUGUGUUAAGUGAUGAAAUGUUUUUGAUUGAUAAUGUUGUCGACAUUUUAGAAGAACUGACUUAUAACAUAUAUAGCACAAGGAGUCACUUUGUAUGAGAAGAAACUGUAAGAGAAUUU